CAGUGAUUGGAGGUGCCAGUUCCUGCCAGUACCAAAUGCUGCCAGACCCCCCCAUUAGGAAGCUGCUUAUAUAACAGCGCUCAGGUAGAGGUGGGAGUUGUGACUGGAACAUAUGCCGUCAGCCUACUAAUGAGAUUCCCACAGCUGCCUCCCCCUCCUCCUUUUCUCUCCCUCCAUCUCUCCAUUCUUUAUCUCUUUCUCUGUUCCGAUCUUCCUUCUUGUUACCCCCUCCCCAUCCUUAUUUUCCAAGAUCUAACCCCCCCCAUAUUUUUUAUCACUCCCUCCAAUUAUACAUUUGGUUCCCCCUCCCAGCAUCAGCCCCAGCCUACCCUCCGGCAUUUCCUUUUCCUCCAUCACCCUUUCUCCUGUGCCCUAUCCUCACCCCCCACCCACGUUCUCCUUCUCCCUUUCUCCUUUUCUCGUGCUGCCUUUCCUUGCAGGCUGUGAGCGGGGAGGGCACCGACAUAUCUGCCAGCUGCCUCUCCUCCCUCAUUGUUGAUUCCCCGGAGCGUUGAAGGGAGGGGGCAUAUUUGGACGAUGCCCACAGGUUACGUUCGCACAGGCUACACCUCACACAUGGCCGCUCACGAGACGGAGGUCAAGAGCAGCACCUCUAUCAUCCCCUGCUUCCUGUUUGUGGAGCUUGUCCUGAUGGCUGGAACUGUCAUCCUCUCGUACCACUUCGAGUACACGGACACCUUCCCUGUCCACAAUCAAGGAUUCUUCUGCUACGACAGCACCUUAUCCAAACCGUACCCUGGACCAGAGAGCACAAGCCGGGCACCACCGCGCCUGCUGUACCCGCUUAUAGCCAUUCUACCCAUCCUCACGAUCCUUGUUGGCGAGGUUACCUCCGUGCUAAUUGAUCCGCGCUGGAAGAGCAGAGAGAGGGUCAUUGCCUGCGGGGACUGCUGCUUUUUCAAUCCUUUACUGCGCCGUAUUGUGCGGAUCCUAGGUCUCUUCUCCUUCGGCCUGUUCUGCACAGUCAUUUUCGCCGGGGCAGUUCAGACAGUUACAGGGAACCAGACUCCACAUUUCCUAUCUGUGUGUCGCCCUAACUACACGGCCCUGGGCUGCAUGUCCCACAUUCAGUAUGUAUCAUCCCCACGGGCCUGCACCGGAGACCCUGAUCUGAUCGCCGAGGCGCGCAAAGCCUUUCCAUCCAAGCCCGCAGCUCUGGGAGCAUAUGCUGCCGUAUAUACCACGAUGUACGUCACCCUGGUGCUGAGAAUAAAAGGGUCCCGGCUGGUGAAACCGUCCCUAUGCUUUGCCAUUUUGUCCCCUUCCUGGCUCCUGUCUCUGCUGCGUGUGGCUGAGUAUCGCAACCACUGGAGGGAUGUGCUGGCAGGGACAGUCGUUGGUUCGGCCAUUGCAGUCUUUCUGGUAACUUGUGUACUGAAUAAUUUUGGAAGCUCGAGUUCUAAGCCUGAGGAAACAGAGGUCCCUGUGCAGGAUGUACCCAGACAUCCAGUGCCAUCUGUGGCACCUUCAUCAACACGUGAAAAGUUAAGUGUGGUAAAGCAGAGUUAUGGGGUUUCGUCCGCAAAUGUUACCUGACCCUCCUCCUUGCCUUGUCCCAGUCACGCCAGAUGUCCUCAUACCCUCCAACUGUAUGACCAGCCAAGUGUGAAGAUUCCUGAUCCAAAGCUAACGGAGGAUGUGGAUUAUUAAAUGGCACUGACCCCCUCAUCCCCUCAGUGCUUUCACUGACGUACCUCCCGGAGAAGGACCUCCAUCACAUACCCCAUGUCUGUAUUGUGCAUUCCGUGCUGUCAUAUUGCUGCCUGGCUGCGACGCUCUGUCCCAAACCCUCUUUUGAUAUCACAGUGCGCUUGAGUCCAGACACGAGCAAAGAACUUAACGCCUUCUUACGCAGGAAAUCCAUUCAUAUCAACCAAUUGUGUUGAGCUAUUUUCUACCAGCAACAGUACCUGUAGCCAGAAUGGAGCCCUGGCAAAGACAAAGACAUUCAGAUUCUCAAACAUCUUCAGUUCUGUAACCAGGAAGCCAAAAUUUCUCUUUCUUUCUUCAAGACAUUGGGGGGUCAACAAUGGGCAAAUUUUUCUGUCAGCAGUAACCCAUGGCAACAAAUCAAAUUGUUCUACCUGCAACUGGCUAUAAAAAAAAAAGGCUAAUCAUUGAUUUGAUUUGCUGCAGGUAAAUUAUAUUAAUGCCUUCUUUUGCAUUUUCCCACAAUUAAGUUGAAUUGUAGCAAGUAAUGCAAUUUACUUGCACUUGUCAUUGCCCCUAGACCAGGGGUGGCCAAUACGUCGAUCGCGGUCCACCAGUCGAUCCCCCGUGGAUUUCUGGUGAACCGCGAUGAAGCUGCGGAUGUGGAAGUGCUGUGUGCAUACGUACGCAUUCACACCGCACUUCAGCAUUCCCUGGUCCUCAGUCGAUUGGGAACAAAGAAAGUGUGGCCACCCCUGCCCUAGACAGUAAAGCUGGCAUCGUCAGACCUGCCACACACCAUUCAGGGCUGAAUCGGCAGGUAAGGAGG